AUGCUUGCCACUCGUAUGCUCUCCGCGCUGUCGCUGGCCCUCUCCAUCGGAGGGGUGGCCUCUUUCUCAUCGUCUCGCGUCGUCCACGAAACGCGCGGUCGGGUUCCUCUCGGCUGGUCGCCCAUGCGGCGCGCCGACUCCAGCAUGAUCCUCCCCAUGCGCAUCGGUCUCGUCCAGCCGAACCUCGAAAACAUCGAGUCGUACAUCAUGGACGUGUCACACCCCGACUCGCCCAACUAUGGCCAGCACUGGAGUCCCGCCAGGGUCGCGCAGACGUUCCGCCCCACGCAGGAGUCGGUCAACACCGUCAUUGGAUGGCUCGUCGACAACGGCAUCGAGGCAGAACGCGUCACUCUCAGCUACGGUGGCGGAUGGGUGCUGACGAACGUGACAAUCGACGAGGCGGAGAGCCUGCUCGGCACGGAGUACUACGUAUACCAGUACGGUGAUGAUGAGAGUCACACGCAUAUCGGGUGCCAUGAAAGGUACCAUCUGCCCGAGGACGUUGCGAAGCACGUCGAACUCGUGACUCCUACCCUGCACUUUGACGCGAAGCCGAAAGCUGCGCCGGUGCAGUACAGCAAGUACGACAAGAAGGAUGGAAGUCAGAACAACGCUUCCGCGCAAUCUGUGGGCCAGCCAAACUUCGGAACCAGUUUCCCCAAAACGUCUGGGACCAUCUCGACUAUCAUUUCCGAGCUGGAGGACUGCGACGAGCAAAUUGUUCCCGACUGUCUUCGCGCUCUUUACUCCUUUGUCUACGAACCCUUUGCCGCCGACAAAAACUCCAUCGCGAUUGUGGAAUAUACCCCUCAAGGGUACAUUGCAGACGAUCUUGAUAUGUUCUUUGCGAAUUUUUCUCCAAGUCAAGUCGGGGAGAGGCCGAUCCUGGACAGCAUAGAUGGAGGUGUACUGAGCAACUAUGGUGGCUUUGGCUACGCUGGCGAAUCUAACCUGGACCUCCAAUACUCAAUGUCAUUGGUUACUGGCAAGCAACCCGUUACACUUUACCAGGCUGGAGACCUGUAUGAAGGUGCUUCGUUCGACAACCUUCUGGAUGCAUUGGACGCAUCCUACUGCACAUUCGAGGGUGGCGAUAAUCCGGAGUACGACGCAACCUACCCCGACCCAUAUGGCGUUGGCUAUCAAGGACCUGAGAACUGUGGCACAAUCACUCCCGCAUACAUCAUGUCCACGUCUUACGGCUAUACAGAGGCCGAUUUGACGCCCGCGUACGCCCAGCGACAGUGCGCCGAGUAUGCCAAGCUCGGCCUGUUGGGAACGACGAUCCUCUAUUCCUCCGGUGAUGAAGGCGUUGCAGGGCAAUAUGGUAUCUGUCUCGACUCAGAGGGCUAUGAGGACUAUUACGGCGAUAUCUUCGCGCCCACGUUCCCCGGAGGAUGCCCGUACGUGACCAGCGUCGGCGCUACGCAAGUUAACCCGAACGCAACUGUAUGGGAGCCGGAAUCUGCGUGCGAGCAGGUGAUCUACUCCGGCGGAGGGUUUUCCAACGUGUUCGCCAGGCCGAAGUACCAGAAGGCCGCAGUUGAGCACUACCUGACGACAUAUCCACCGCCGUACGCGUCUGACAUCUACAACGCGACCUCGCGUGGCUUCCCCGAUAUCUCCGCGAACGGUGCCAACUACGUUGUCGCUGUCAGCGGCGAGUACUACCUGGUGUACGGCACCUCCUGCUCUUCUCCCGUCAGCGCGGCGAUUUUCUCGGCGAUCAAUGACGCGCGUCUCGCCAUUGGCAAAGGCCCGAUUGGUUUCAUCAACCCUACGAUCUACACUCCUGUAUUCAUGGCCGCGUUCAACGACAUCACGAGCGGCAGCAACCCCGGCUGCGGCACCGAGGGAUUCUACGCUCAGCCUGGGUGGGACCCCGUCACGGGCGUUGGUACCCCCAACUUCGUGAAGCUGCUUGCGCUCUGGCUCUUGCUUCCGUGA